AUGUAUCUACCACACGGCGCACUCUUCGGGCUUUCACUAAUGCAAGCUUACAUCAAAGCUAGUCAGAUUUUAAAAGACAGGCUGGGUUUGAAAGCGGGGUCGAAGAUUGCCAAUUGGGAAAGAAUCCUUCAAGGCGAAGAUGAAGAUAAUGGCAUCGAAGAAGUCGAGGUAUUCAAAUACGAGCAGCAACUGGACCGGGCUUUCCUGUCAAAGAGUUCCAUCAUAGGCCUUGGAUUUGCACUAAUGAGCCCCGUUCUGGGCAUGAGUACCACCAUAAGCAUAGGGCUUAACAAUGGUGGGCCAUUGACUAUAGUCAUGGGAUUCAUGGUGUGUGGUUUUGCAACUUGGUUGUGCUCUCUAUCACUAGGCGAGAUUGUGUCGCGGUUUCCCAUGGAACUGCAUGGAAGCAGUGCGAUGCUGGCUCCAGAAAAGUAUAAAUUAUCCUGUUCUUGGUUCACAGGAUGGCUUAUGCUUCUCGGAAACUGGACCAUGAGUACAAGCAUAACAUUCGCGGGCGCACAGCUUGUCAUUUCACUGAUAAACAUGGCAAAUUCGGAACUAAUAAGAAAAGAUCUGAUCAUGUUAUUCACGGUCUUGGUCUUUUACCUGAUCGUCAGUGUUGUGGGACUUAUAAAUCUUAAAUUUCCCGGGACAAUUGAAACUGUGAACAAGGUUUGCGUCUAUUGGAUCCUCUAUGCUGUAAUAUUCAUCGACAUUUUGCUCCUGCUCUUCCACUCAGGUUCUUACCGGUCAUUGAAAUUCGCACUCACUCAUUUCGACAAUUCACGCUCAGGAUACACGAGUGCAGCGUUGUCGUUCAUGAUUGGUUUUCAGCAGUCCAACUUCACACUACAAGGGUUUAGUAUGCUCCCAGCGCUUGCCGAUGAAGUGAAGACUCCGGAAAGAGAUAUACCGAGAGGUAUGUCCACUUCUGUCCUCAUUUCCACAUUUGUUGGGAUCGUCUUUUUGCUGCCCAUAAUGGUAAUACUACCAGACCUUCAAACUAUUUUCCAUGAUUCGAGCAUAUUGCCUAUUGUAUUGAUAUUCACUAGUUCGACGCAUUCUAUGUUUGUUUCCAUCUUUCUGGUAAUCAUGAUUUUGGGAAACCUCUUCUUCUCCGGAAUAGGUUCCAUGACAACUUCAUCUCGCGCUGUCUACAGUAUGAGUCGCGAUAUGGCUCUCCCGUUCAGUGAAACUUGGUCUCAUGUAGAUGCGAGUUCGAAGCAUAUGGUUCCAAAAAACUCGAUAUACCUGAGUAUGGGAAUAUCGUAUUUUUUGGGAUUGUUGGCGUUAGUUUCCACAGCAGCUUUCAAUGCCUUCAUGGGGGCUGCCGUCCUAUGUCUGUGUUCCGCUACCUGUAUUCCCUUGAUACUAGUGAUUGUUUCACGUCGAAGAGCUUUACGCGGCUCACCGAUCAAGAUCAGGUACAGACUAGGCUGGCCUGUGAACCUGUCGUGCGUAUGUUGGCUUCUUUUUACAAUGGCGAUAAUAUGUUUACCACCAAGAGUGCCUGUAACGUUCGGAACAAUGAACUAUGCCAUCGUAGUGUACCUCUUGUUCUUAGGGUGCAUCACGGCAUUGUACUUUCGGUGGGGCAAAUAUCAUUUCAAACUGCCCCUGGUGGGAGAUGACUCGAAAACAGAGAACUCUGUAGAUACCAUUGCUCUGCAGGAGCUACGUACAUUCAAGUAA